AUGGAGGCCGAGUUCUGGCGAAAAAAGCUGUCGCUCGACCCGCACGAGAACGAGGCCGGCCUCGAGCGGCUCCAGCGGUGGCUCGCCACGGGGCAGCUGACAUGGUUCCUGGAGGACGACCAGGUCUGUGGGUUCGUCCGCGACGCGGUGGAGCGCAGGGCCGCUUCUGGAGAGGGCGCCCAGCCGAGGAGCCCGCGCAUCUUGAACGCGGGAUCUGGGCCCUUCGCCCCCAGGCCACUGGAGUGCGAGCUGCCCAGCGGGGGGCUGCCUGGGGGAGCUGGCGUCGAGCCAGCGGCUGCUGGGCAGGACGGCCCGCAUCGCAGGGUCCCGUGGCCUGUCCCCGUGGUCGCGUCCGACGGGCUUGCGCGCUUCUACAAUUCGGUGUUCGAUGAGCGCGGCAUGACGCCUCCGCACACCCCGCUGCAGUGCCCGUCGGAGAGCCUGCACACCUGCUUCCCGCUGGGCCACUUCGACGUGGUGCACAUGAGGAACUCCUUGGACCACGCCUUCGACCCGCUGCUCGCCAUCACGCGGAUGCUGCAGGUGGCGAGGCCUGGCGGCUGGGUGCUGCUGAGGCACGCCCGCAACGAGGGGGUGGCCGGGCAGUUCCGCAACGGCCUGCACCAGUGGGCUUUCGACGUGGAGGAGGGCGCGGAGCGCGGGGCGGCCUUCGUCAUCUGGAGCCCCGAGCUCCGCGUCGACGUGAGCGCCUACCUCCUGGACGCCGGGCUCGCGGCCGAGGUGCGGGCCGCGCUGCGGGCCCACCCCAGCCCGGAGGAGAACCCCCACGAGCGCUACGUCUGGGUGGAGAUCCGGAGGCCCACGGCGCAGGAGGCGUCAGGCCGUCUGGCCGCCCAGGCCUCGGGAGGCCCAGGCCUGGACGAGCCGCAGGCGCCCCUGGGCUGA